AUGGUCGGCCUUGUUUCGGCCGCCGGUUUGGUCGGCUUCCUUUCGGAACCCGACCCAGAGCUCAAGGUCUUUGCCUUGAAGUCAUUAGAUUCCCAGAUCGAUCUGCUGUGGACAGAGGUUGUGAAUGCCGUUCCGGAGAUUGAGGCUCUUUACGAAGAUGAAUCAUUCCCCGAACGCGGACUGGCAGCCCUGGUUGCCUCCAAGGUAUAUUAUCAUCUGCAGGAAUAUAAUGAGAGUAUGGUCCUUGCCCUCGGCGCGGGAAAGCUUUUCCAGCUCGACAGCGGUGGCGAGUACGAGGAGACAAUUAUCGCCAAAUGCGUCGAUACUUUUAUCGCCCUAUCUGCCGCCCAGCGACCCAGCGGUGGUGACCAGGCCGCCAACCUCAACUCUCAAUUCCCUGCGUCCGGCGAUGGCGCGACAAGCACAUCCGCAAGCCUUACCUCUCCGAUCACACCAUUCUCCAAAUCCGCCCUGCCCUCGAAGUCUCUUCUUUCGCGACAGGAGGUUCCAGGAAUCGAUGCGGCACACCCUGGUGGCGAGGACCUGAGUGUGCAGCACGUUGAAACUCCCCUUGUCCUCAAGCGCGGUGUCCAGAGUCAACUCCAGGCCGUGAUCGAGCGAUUGUUUGAGGAGUGCUUCCGUCAGAAGCGCUACCGCCAGGUGAUCGGUAUCGCCAUCGAGGCGAAGAGCCUGGAUGUGCUUCGCAUGGCCAUUCUGCGCGCCAGUGAUGACGAGAAGAAGCAGCAGGGCGAGUCUCGUCGUAGCGAGGAGCUCAUGGAAUAUGUUCUGGAUAUCUGCAUGGGAAUUGUCCAAGAACGGGCUUUCCGCAAUGAGAUUCUGAAACUCAUCCUCGAUCUGCUUAACGAAAUUCCGGCCCCCGACUACUUCUCGAUCGCCAAGUGCGUCGUCUACCUUAAUGAACAUCCGAUGGCCUCCGUCAUCCUCCGCCAGCUGGUCGAGAAGGGUGAUGCGCGAUCUCUCGCCGUUGCCUAUCAGAUUUCCUUCGACCUUUACGAUAACAGCACCCAGGAGUUCCUCCAGAAGGUUCGCCAGGAGAUCUCCGAGCUGGUGCCCGAGGAUACCGAGAACAAGACAGAGGAAGAGCCCAAAGAGUCAGACGCGUUGCUUGGAGACCAAGACAGCUCGUCUCGGCCCUCAAGUGGCCAGGACAACCUGUCCGACGACGCCCGCACCGCCUUCAAGAGCAUUCUGGCCAUUCUCGAUGGCAAGAAGUCUAUCCAGUUGAACCUGGAGUUCCUUUACCGCAACAACAAGGCCGACAUCUCAAUUUUGAAUAAGAUCAGAGACAGCCUGGAGGCUCGAAACUCCAUUUUCCAUACGGCUGUCACUCUGUCGAACGCCUUUAUGCAUGCUGGAACUACCCACGACAAGUUUUUCCGUGACAAUCUGGAGUGGCUGGGCAAGGCCGUGAACUGGUCCAAGUUCACAGCCACUGCUGCUCUGGGUGUUAUUCACCGCGGUAACCUGAGCCAAGGCCAGAAGCUCCUGCAGCCAUACCUGCCCCGGGAGCAUAUUGCCGGUGUUGGUGGUGGCUCGGGCUCUGUUUACAGCCAGGGUGGUUCUUUGUACGCAUUCGGCCUCAUCUAUGCCAAUCACGGUGGCAUGGCUGUCGAUCUCAUUCGUGACCACUUCAAGAAAGCGACCGAGGAGGUCGUUCAGCAUGGUGGAGCGUUGGGUCUGGGUGUUGCAGGCAUGGCCACCGGUGACGAGGGUAUUUACGAGGAUCUUCGAAACGUCCUUUUCACUGACUCGGCUUUGAACGGUGAGGCCGUUGGUCUUGCCAUGGGUCUUGUCAUGCUGGGCACUGGUAACAUGAAGGCGCUGGAAGACAUGAUCCAGUAUGCUCACGAUACCCAGCACGAGAAGAUUGUUCGUGGUCUGGCUAUGGGUAUGGCUCUGAUUAUGUACGGUCGUCAAGAGGCUGCCGAUGAGCUGAUCAACGGUCUUCUCGGUGACCCCGAUCCCACUCUCCGCUAUGGUGGUAUCAUGACCAUUGCUCUGGCCUACUGUGGCAGCAGUAGCAACAAGGCCGUCCGCAAGCUUCUUCACGUUGCCGUCAGCGAUGUCAACGAUGAUGUUCGCCGUGUUGCAGUGAUGAGCUUGGGUUUCAUUCUGUUCCGCAAGCACCAGAGCGUCCCCCGUAUGGUCGAGCUGCUCUCGGAAUCCUACAAUCCCCACGUCCGUUAUGGUGCCGCUAUGGCCCUGGGUAUUUCCUGCGCCGGAACUGGUCUGGAUGAGGCCAUCGAUCUCCUGGAGCCUAUGCUCAAGGACUCAACAGACUUUGUGCGCCAGGGUGCCCUCAUCUCCCUGGCCAUGGUUCUGGUCCAACAGAACGAGGCUAUGAACCCUCGUGUGACCAGUUUGCGCAAGGCCAUGAUGAAGAUGAUCGGUGACCGUCACGAGGAUGCUAUGGCCAAGUUCGGUUGUGCUGUCGCUUUGGGUAUCAUUGAUGCUGGUGGCCGCAACUGCACUAUUAGCCUGCAAACCCAGACCGGUAACCUGAACAUGCCUGGUAUCGUCGGUGCUGCCGUCUUCGUCCAGUACUGGUACUGGUUCCCCCUCACCCAUUUCCUGUCUCUCAGCUUUGCCCCCACAUCCGUGAUCGGUGUGGAUCAGAAGCUGGAGGUUCCGGAGUUCAAGUUCCACAGCAACACCCGCCCCAGCUUGUUCGACUACCCGCCUGAGCAACAAGUAAAGGCCGAGGAGGCUCCGGAGAAGGUGAAGACCGCUGUUCUCUCUACAACAGCCCAAGCCAAGCGCCGUGCCCAACGGCGGGAAAAGCAGGCUCGACGAGAGAGCAUGGACAUUGAUCAGACACCCACAACCCCCAAGGUUUCUGAUCAACUGCCCGACAAGAUGGAGACUGAUGACGCCCCGAAGGCCGAAAGUGAGGAGGGCAAGGAUGGCGAGAAGACCGCUGGCGAAGGCCAGAAGAAGAAAGUAGAGCGUGAGAAGGUUGGCUACGAGCUAGACAACAUGUCCCGAGUACUACCGGCGCAGCUCAAGUUCCUCACCUUCCCCGACCCCCGGUACGAGCCGGUCAAGAGGCCCACUGGUGGUGUCGUGGUUGUUCUCGACAAGCAGCCCGAUGAGCCCCGUGAAGUCGUUGAGCUCAAGGCUAGCAAGGAGACCCGGCAACCGGCUCACCCCACUGAGACCCUUCAGGACCGCCUGCAAGCUGCUAUCGGCACUGCUGCCCUGCAAACCCCUCAACGGUCUGAUGCUCGCGCAGCCUUGUCUGGCCUCGCCGGUGCCGGGGGUGCUUCUGCCGCCGCCGGUGUCCUGACUGCAGUGGAUGAGGACGAGGAAGGGGCGGAGGAUGCGCCUCUUCCGGACGAGUUUGCCUACGAGACGGAUGGCGAGGAAGAGUAG